GUGGAGCGCAGACACACAAAGGAAGAGGGAGUGAGCAGCUACAGCCGUCAAGGUGAAGGAGACACAGGCUAUGAGUGAACGUGAUAUAAACUGACAGGCUGGGAACUGAUUCAAGCACGACACAGGAGCAGUUGAAAAGAAGAACUAUGUUUUGAGAGCUGUUUUCUUUUUGGAUUUGCGGCCUCAAGGGGAGAUAAUAUUUGGGAGAGCCUCAGCACUCCUUCCUGUGACACUCACUCCAUCAUGGUGGACCUGUUUGUUGACCGGGUCCUGGUGAAGAACAACAAGGACCAGGAUGAGCUCGACACAGAACGAGAGAUUGUCGUGCGCCUGCAGAACCGCAUCCUGAUGCUCUUCUUUGCAUCUGCUGAGUGUGAGAGCUGCCAGCAGUUUGCUCCCACGCUCACCGAAUUCUACAAACGACUGACAGAUGAAUUUUAUGUGGACCGCGCUGCUCAGCUGGUUCUCCUGUACAUUAGUUUGGACCAAUCAGAGGAACAGCAAGAAAGCUUCCUCAAAGAGCUGCCCAAGCAGUGCCUGUUUCUGGCCUACGAGGACCCCUACAGGAGGGAGCUGGAGGCCGUGUUUAAUGUGGAGGAGCUGCCCACGGUGGUGGUGCUGCGUCCCGACUGCUCCAUCCUCGUCCCCAACGCGGUGGAGGAGAUACUGUGCCUUGGAUCACGCUGCUAUCGCAACUGGCAGGAAGCGGCGGAGCUUAUCGACAGGAGCUUCCUGAUCAGUGAGGACUUUGAGGGGAAGUCCAUGCGCAGCUUGACUGACCCUGUGAGAAGACUGAAGUACAAGGUGGAGGAUGAGGAGAAGAAGAAAAAGAAGAAGAAAAAGAACAGAGGGUGGGGUGGAGGUGGAGGUGGAGGUGGAGGGGAAGAUGCGGAGGUGGAUGGGGGAGGGUCAUCGUGGUGAUGGAGACCAAGAAUAAGACUGUGGGUUUCCCCAAAUGUUGCCACUAAAAAGCUUUGUCACAAGGUUUUCUACUGAUGUAACACACAAACAAAUCCCUUUUCACAGCUCAGUGUGCAAACAUAUCUCCCGUAUAAGAGGGUGUGGAUAUGCCAGCAACAACAAAUAAAAAGCAAUGUAAAGCUACUGCUAACCAACGCUGACCUCAGCUCAGAAUUGUCUGUCUUUAAUGUCUCUGAAAGCUGCCAAGUAUACAGUCAAGCCAAGGCUAACGGUCUGAGCCAAGUCUUACCAUUAUGGCUUGUUUUAUUACACCCAGGAGAUCAGUCCAACCAACCCCCCAUUUUCAACAACACAGCUCUCUGUAAUGCAAUGCAAUUUUUUUUUUUUUUCAACAUGAUAAUUUGUACCAUCCAAUCAAAACACAUCAUGCAUAAUCUGAAAUCAAUGAAUUAUUCAGGCACCAUUAAAAUAAUUUUGUUAGUGACUGUUGUGCUUGGAGUGUU